CAAUUCCAACUCUGUGCGUGUAUGUGGCUGAAUGCGUGUUCAUGAGGGGGAUGAGGGAAUCACAGAGCCAGAGAGAGAAGGGGAUGCAGACAUUUGGAGAAGAGAGAAGAGAGGGGUUUUGCCGACCUGUCAGGGUCUUUCAUGUCACAUUUCUGCCCUGAGGAAGACCUGACCUCUGUCUCUGUGUGUGUGGGAAAAUAAGCUGGAAAAACAAAAAUGGAAUACAACGGAAAACACCACUCUGUGAAACAGCCAGAGCAACAAACCUCCUACUGCUCCCGUAUGACAGAAAGAAGACGGACUGAAGAGGAAAAUGAAUGAAACAUUUUCUUUGUGUCUACUUGAGAAAGUAAAGAGGAGAAAGGGACUUGUUUACGUGAGCCAAUCUGACGUCUGAAAGAAGAUUUGUACAUAUAAUUAUACUGUUGAGUGAAAGGCAAAGAGCAGAGAGGAGUUAAUAGGGGAGGAGGUGGUAGGAAUGGUGAGGAGAGAGUAAAGAGCAGGGAGUAAAGGAGGACAGAGCAGAGGGAGGAGAGGACCAGAGCAGAGAGGAGAGGAGAGGAGAGGAGAGGAGGAAGACAGGAGGAGAGAGGAGAGGAGUAAACACACUCCAGAUGGGACCCCAGCAUUAAUAAAAUGGGGAUCGUGUAUGAGCUCCACUGACCUCUAUUGGACAAUACAACAAGGUCAACUCCCAACAAUAAUGAGCACUCCGACAACAGGAAGCCCAAAUAUGGAGGUGGAGGUGGGCUCCAAGGAGAUGGCAAUGAUCAGCAACAUACUGGCAGCCUACACCUUUAUUGCAGAUCAGCCUGAGAGGACAGCUCUGGUAUUUCUGGGCGGAGUCAGCGUUGGCCUCCUUGUCACACUCUGUGCCAUCGUCUUCCAGAUACACUGCCGAGCAGACUGUCACUAUGGCAACAGUAAACACGCUCAUCGUCGCCACAGACACAGGCAUCAUCACCGUCGCCAUCACAACUGUCCCCACCAUCAGCCUAUCGACAGUAACCCUGAUAACAUGGCCGUGGUGACCUCUGGAGGGGCGGGGCCUGCAGGGGACAGCGAAUCAGAGGACUGGGAUGAAACCUCCGACCUGUCGGCACGGAGACGCAGACGCUUUGAGAGAGCUCUGUUGCAUGCCACCAUGUUUACAUCAGCUGAGGAGCUGGACAGGGCCCAGCGGCUAGAAGAGCGCGAACGGAUUCUCAGAGAGAUCUGGAUGAACGGCCAACCAGACAUAAGUACAGUCACUCAAAGCCUCAACAGAUAUUACUGACAAACAGAGAGAACAUCAGGAGGACAUCAGGAGGAGAUGGAGGACAUCAGGAGGACAUCAGGAGGAGAUGGAGGACAUCAGGAGAACAUCAGGAGGAGGUGGAGGACAUCAGGAGAACAUCAGGAGGAGAUGGAGGAAAGGUGAACAAAUGAGACAAACAGCAGAUGAAAUUAGCAAAUAAAACAUACAUUUAGGAGAUCCAAAAACAGAUCAAAAUGUUACUGACUGCACUGACUGAAGUGGUACAAACAACAGGACAAAUGUGAGUUGUCAUGGCUCGGUCCUCUAACAAGAAAGGAUACUGAAGAAGAGGAAUUUCCUUAUGCCUGGAAAAGACAUAACAGACAUACAAAGCACAGACUUUAGUGGGAUUUGCGACCACUGACGUAAAAAAAAAAUGCAGCUGCAAAACUCUUUGAGGGAUUUUAUAUCUUUUUAACAGGUGCUUUUGACAAACAUGGAGCUAGUAAAGAGAAAUAGGAGGGGGGCUUGUAGAAGAUAUAAUGCUGCAGUUGUUUGCAGGUUGAUGAAUCACUAAUGGUAAAAAUGUGUCGUUGCUUUGGUUUGAAAUGCUGAGACAAUCAGAAGAGAAAUCCCACAUGAACAAUGAGAAAAUGGAAGUGGGAGAGAUAUCAGCUCAAUGCUAAAUGGAUUUACAUAUACUGGUGCUAUUUCUGCUGUCAUUCAGCAACCCAAGAUACAGUGAAUGCACACUUUAAAACACAUGGCUGUGGUUGUUGAUAAAAUAUGAAUGGUAUAAACAAACAAAUCUUAUGGUUGUUGCAUAAAAGGACAUCCGGCUAUCAUGUUCAGGAGGAUCAUGCUGACUUUGUUUGUUUGCCUCAUGUGUUAAUGUUCUGGAAAAAAAGAAUAAACCUAUUUGUUCCUGUGUA